GCUGAUGACGAUCAGGUAACAAUUUCAAAUACAACCUGUGCGGCCGACAUUUGCCAUAACGGGUUUAUCUAUGUCUAUGAGAAGUACACAGAAGGACAGGACAAUUUUAGUGUUGGGUUCAAGGAGACCACUGUACAGAGAAUUUGCAACCCUGAAUUUGCAGUGAAUACACCAAUAAUGGCUAAAUCUGGGGCAAACAAUUACAACUCUGAAAUAGAUGCAACUUUGACAAAGAAUGAUAAAAACACCUGUUUUGAAGCUGAAGAAACAAACAUGGAAAACACAAUAAAUAUGGCAAAGGAGACAUUGCUGCACCCAUGAUGGUAGUCCUGAGGACAGAAGUACAAUGCAGGAUGAAACUGGCGCCAGAGAUCUUGUUCAGGAAGAAAUGAUCACGAAGGAUGAAACGGACACUAAUGAUGAAGAAAUCAUUUGUGAAACUCAUUCAGACUUUUCUCAAAAUUUAAUAAUCACAGAGGAUGAGCUUAGUGACUUUUCUGAAGAUGACAUAGAAAAUAGCACAGAUUAUUUCUACAGAGCAGAAGACAACACAAACCGAACAAAUUGUAAUCUUGAUCCAACAAUGUACUUUUGUAGGUUUUCAAACUCCUUCAAUAAUUGUUGGAUGAAUGCCGCGAUGCAGAGUAUUCUCAACCUAAGUAUUGCCAGAAGGUUUGUGGCUCACUAUCCUGAAGCUGUUUUUGGAGCUUUGUCAGGAACUCCAUUGUUUGCCAGCCUUUUCCGUACAGCUAUGUACCAUCCAGGAAAAUAUUUUUCUCCAGAAGAAAUCUACAAAGUUCAGAUGGAAUUAAGUAAAAGCAUAGAAUCAGUAGGUUUGGCACAAGAGGACGACCUAACAAACUUUUUGUCUGCUCUUUUAGUCUGGCUUAAUCCAUGUGGCAUGAAUACAAGUUGCAUGCUGUAUAGCGCAAUCACUUGUGAAUUAUGUCAGGAGGCUUUACUUGACAUCAGAGAACUUGGUCCCAUCCUUUACCUCCCACCUCCACUACCUUACGACAGCAUCACAUCUCUGCUUAAUCGGUGGGUUUCUGAGACCUAUGCAGAAUGUUGUGACGUCUGUUUCUCCAAUUUAAAGAGAAAAGAUAUUCUCAAUCACACCGAUGUGAUAGCCUUGCAUCUGCCACGGUCAUACAACCAGGUUGAUUUAAAAUAUCCUGUGACUCCUAGUCUAACUAUUGACAUUCCUGUUAAAACCGGAACCCAGUUGUACCGUCUAUCCUCGGUCAUUUGCCGCCAAACCCUGAGUCCUCAGAUCGACCACUUUUACACAUAUCUAAUGUGUGGACAGCUGGUUUUUAAGGCUGAUGACGAUCAGGUAACAAUUUCAAAUACAGCCUCUGCGGCCGACAUUUGCCAUAACGGGUUUAUCUAUGUCUAUGAGAAGUACACAGAAGGACAGGAAUAUUUUAGUGUUGGGUUCAAAGUGACCAUUGACAAUCAUGAAGUAUAUCAAGACCCUCUUCAAUAUGUUAUGAUCACAGAGGAUGAACUCAGCGUCAGUUCUGACAAUAAAAUACAAAAUGGCUCUUAUUAUUUUUGCGUAGUAGAGGACAACACAAGUCAAAGAAAUUCUAAUAUUGAUCCAACCAUGUACAUUUGCAAGUUUUCCAACUCCUUCAAUAACAGUUGGAUGAAUGCCACGAUGCAGAGUAUUUUGAACCUUACUGUUGCCAGACAGUCUGUGGCUAAGUGUCCCUCAAAGGCCUUUGGAGCUUUAUCAGCAACUCCAAUCUGUGCUAGCCUUCUCCUAACAGCCAUGCACUAUCCAGGAAAAUAUUUCCCCCCCGAAGAAAUCUACCAAGUUCUGAUGGAAAUUAGUGAAAACAUGCCAAUACUAGGCUUGACACAGCAAAACUAUAUAGCAACAUUUUUGGGAGUUAUUUUGCAAUGGUUAAACCCAUGUGGCAUUAAUUCAGCUUGCAUAUUAAACAACAUUAUCACUUGUGAACGAUGUAAGUUGGCUACAUCGGUCUUGUCAGAGGUAGGUCCCAUAGUUUACCUGUCAGAUGCAAAACCAAAUGAAACAACAGCCUCUCUUCUUCACCGCUUUGUUCUUAAAGACUGCGAUGAGCACCAAUGUAACAUCUGCCUCUCCAACACUAAAAGAAACAUCUUCCUUAGCAAUACUGAUGUGAUAACUCUGCAUCUGCAACGGCCUACUAAUCAGGGAGGUUUCAGAAUACCUGUGAUUCCCAGUGCAUGCAUUGACAUUUCAUUACAAAAUGGAGCUCAGUUGUUCAAUUUGUCCUCUGUCAUUUGUCGCCAAACCCUGUGCUCACAGACUGACCACUUUUACACAUAUCUGAAGUACAAACAACUGAUCUUUAAGGCUGAAGAUGACCAAGUAACAAUCGCACACAAGGACAGUGCAGAAGACCUUUACAAAAAUGGGUUUAUGUACAUUUAUGAGAAAGAAAGAUGAAACUGAGAAGACUUAGGAAACAAGCCAAUUUAGAAAAAAAAACAAAAAAAAAAACAACAUAAACACAAACAAGAUUAAAAAAAGAUUGCCCAACACCCACAGAACAUGCAAAAACACCCCCCAAAAUAAGAAACUGAUUAAAAAGAAAACCUUGCAAAAAAA